ACUUCCGGUUCCAUCUUGGCAGUUAAUUUAGAUAAAUUUUGCUUGAUAUUUAAACAAUUUCUCAUAUUCCCAGUAACAUUUAGGGCUAUACGUUACUGCUAAAUUGAAUCCGUUAUAUUCCUAAGGAUGUCAUUUCUCGUUGAUUCCUGUGUUAUGUUCUUCUUGCAGGCUCUCUUCUUUGGAGGUGGCUGGCUCUUCUUCCUGAAGAUACUGUACAAGAACUAUGAGGUUCAUCAUGCUGGUGUUUUACUGGUGUUUUCUACAACAUUCUCCCUCUCAUGUACAAUGUUUGUCCUCAUCAUAUUUGAAAUUAUUGGAAUAUUGGACUCCAGUUCACGCUAUUUUCACUGGAAGUUACAGCUGUUUGUCAUUCUUUUCCUGUUAAUAGUUAUACUACCAGCAUAUAUUGCCUUCUUUGUACUCAGCAAUCUAAGGCUUGUGCCACCAAAGGGCCAUGUACGAGUGACGUUAACGUUUGUCUCCUGGUGCGUGUUUCUAUACUUCUUCUGGAAAAUUGGAGAUCCUUUCCCUAUUCUUAGUCCUAAACAUGGUAUAUUUUCCAUAGAGCAGUGUAUAGGCCGUGUGGGUAUCAUAGGUGUAACUUUGAUGGCUAUAUUAUCUGGUUUUGGUGCAGUCAACUAUCCAUAUACAUCCAUGUUCUGCUUCAUCAGACAUGUGACUGAUGCAGAGAUACAGGGUAUAGAGAAAAGACUCAUGCAGACCAUGGAUAUGAUCAUGAACAAAAAAAGAAGGAUAGCCUUAGCAAAGAGGGAAAAUCUUCGCUCUGCCAGUCAGAAUAUAGGAGGUGGUUUAUGGGGCAUGCUGAAAAAUGUCACAGCUGGAGGGUCGUCUGAAAAUAUAACACAGUUAAAGCAGGACACCGGUGCACUAGAGGAGUUAAGUCGACAACUGUUCCUAGAAAAUGUUGAUCUUCGUACUACACAGGAGAGGAUGGAAUUUUCAAAAACAUUUAAAGGAAAAUAUUUUAAUUUUCUUGGCUACUUCUUCUCAGGAUACUGUGUGUGGAAAAUAUUUAUAUCAACAGUAAAUAUAAUAUUUGACAGAGUAGGAAAAGUAGAUCCUGUUACUCGAGGAAUUGAGAUAGCAGUUAACUACCUAGGCAUACAGUUUGAUGUAAAGUUUUGGUCCCAGCAGAUAUCAUUUAUUCUGAUAGGAAUUAUUAUUGUUACAUCUAUAAGAGGUCUUCUUAUAACAUUAACUAGGUUCUUCUAUGCAAUAGCUAGCAGCAAAUCAUCCAAUAUCAUAGUGCUGUGUUUAGCCCAGAUAAUGGGAAUGUAUUUUGUAUCAUCAGUACUGUUAAUGAGGAUGAAUAUGCCACUGGAAUACAGAACAAUUAUAACAGAAGUGCUUGGAGAAUUACAGUUCAAUUUUUAUCAUCGAUGGUUUGAUGUCAUAUUCCUGGUCAGUGCAUUAUCCAGUAUAGGGUUCCUCUACAUUGCACACAAACAGGCUGACACAGAGAGCAUUAGCUAGUCAUACAAAAGAUGUCAAUAACACAUACAUUCUCUUCUUUGCCAUGCCAGUGUAAGAACAAAAUCUGGACACAAUUUGUUGAAUGAAACUUACUUUUUACCAUGAAUAAGAACUGUCACACAGUUGCAAUAUUUGGCCUCGAGAUUGUUAUGGGGGUAUUAUAGAUAUUUAGAUCAUGUAGCCAUUUUGAGGUCCCAGAAAUAUAAGGUUGUAACUGUUACUUACGACCAUACAUUUUUAGAAACUGCAUUGUAUUGUUUUACCCUUUUUACCAAGCCAAAAUAACAUUUUGUUAUCCCCCGACGAAAGUCGAAAGAUAUAGUUUUGGCGUUGUCCGUCCGUCCUUCUGUCUGUCUUUCCAUCCGUCCAUCCGAAGCCAUAUCUAGGAAAUGGUUGGGAAUAUUUAUUUAAAACUUCAUAUACAUGUUCACCACUAUAAGUUCUUGCGGCCCGUCAAGUUUCAGUCAGUUUGCCCAAGUAACACAAGAGUUAUGGCCCUUAGAAAUUUCUAGUGUUAACUAUAUAGGGUACUAUAAAUAUGGCAAUUUCUGCAUCAUAAUUUUUUAUAUAUUUGACCUUGAACUAUGAAACUUAAACAGAAUUUAGAUCACCAUAAUGUGGUUGUGUACACACAAUUUCAUUUGGAUUUAUAUGUAAAUUAAGAGUUAUUGCCCUUUAAUUGUAUAAAAAUCCACAUAUUUGUACAUAACAAACUUACCAUUUGGUAGAAUUUCAUUAAAGGUGGAUAAUCAGAUUUUGGCUAAGUAACAGAUUUGUUUUAAACUUUAACAUCUGAUCAUUUACACUCAUUUAUGUUCAGUUAGCGCUUAAUACAAGUUAGGUUUUCACUGGAGAUAUAUUUAAUAAUUGGUUUUCCUAUUGCAGUUGCCCAACCAAGAUCGAGUUAUUUUAUCAUAAGUAUAAAUGUGAUAAACAUACUUUACCUAAGAAAAUGUAUAACUAACCGAUAUAUUGUAUUAUAUUCGUAAAAUAAUUGCAUUAACAAUUACAUAUAUAGAUUGAAUUCAUUAGAAAGCAAGUUUGAAAAAUUAUUAUUACCUCUCUUUGUCUAUCUUGGUUGCGCAACCAAGAUAGAAUGGAAAAAAAGGAAAUUCAGAAGCUACAUGCAAUUUAAAACCCACCUUUUGAUUCAGAUUGUUAAAUAUUUGGUAUAUCUAUCCAAUGCGAAUGUAAAACUCGAAAUUAUAUGGAAAUAAAAAGAAAUACCAAGCAUUUUAAAUAUUUUCAUAUUAAAGGGGAGUAAUUACAAAUUUUUAUGAAAAUCAAUAAAGUAUACAUUUCUAACAGGGAUCUAACUCUAAGUAAUGGGUAUUUUUGUUUCUUAAAUAAAUCUCUAACAGAAUAUACAAAAAGUAAAAAAUGUCACUAAAUUUUGCUUAGAUGUGAUUGACCACCUUUAAAUUUCUUUCAUUCUUUUCCAUGAAAAUUUAUUGUAAACAUGUGAAGUUGUGUACCCACACCUGGUCACCCCCUUACCUUGAUUACAUCCCUCCCUAUCCCCCUCCCCACCCCCCUCAAAAAAAAAAAAAAUCAUUUAAAUUUUUUCAAACAAACUUCAUAUGCAUGUUCACCACUAUGAGGUUAUGGGGCCCAUCAAGUUUCAGACGGAUUGCCCAAGUAACGCCAGAGUUAUGGCCCUUACAAGUUUCCAGUGUUAACUAUAUAGGGUACUAUAGAUCUAUAUAUAUGGCAAUUUCUGCAUUAUAACUUUUGAUAUAUUUGACCUUGAACUAUGAAACUUUAACAGAAUUUAGCACUAUAAUGUGGUUGUGCACACACAAUUUGGAAUGGGUUUCUUUUGUAACUUUAGAGUUAUUGCCCUUUAAUUUUCUAAAAAUCCACAUAUUUGUACAUAAUAAAUUUACCAUUUGGCAGAAUUUCAUUAAAUUUCUUUCAUUUUCUGUGAACAUUUAUUACAAACAUAUGAAGUUGCGCACCCACACCUGGUCACCCACUUGCCUUGGUCACACCACCUCCCCCCUCCAAAAAAAAAAUAUUUUUUUCAUUUCUUAUUUUAGAUUUUUUUCAAACCUUCCAUAAUUAUUUAUCAACAUGUCAACAUGCAAGUUGUACGUACCAUUCCCCCACCUCACUCCUCCACCCAGUCAUGCAUCCUCUGCUCCCCCACCCAACUUCACCCUUUUACCCUUUUUUUUUUCAUUUUUAAUUUUCCAUCAUUAUUUAUAAUCAACAUGUGAAAUUUUGUUUCCUCUCCCGUUCCCCCGCACCCCCACCCCCUAAAAAAAUAAAUAUAUUAAGUUGAGACUGAACAAACCUUGUCCUCAGCCAUGUUCAAGAUAUCUUACCUGUGUUCUCUUAAGAACAUCUGUUCUUUUAAGUUCGAAUGUACAUGUUAAAUAGCAACACCUGGUGCCAAACCACUCAAAGACAAUAUUUUGUUCCAGUUAAACUUCAAGCUCACAUUUCAAUUAACUGCAUUUAAUUUUAAAAGCUAAGCUUACUACAGUAAGCAUAUCCCAUUCAAAAUAAAUUCUUUAGUCAGGAUCAAAGUAUCAUACAU